ACCCUGAAAUACACCACUAACUCCUGAAUAUGGUAUUCGCAAAAUCUUUACAGGCGUUGUAACAACUUCACAUAAGUCAUAAAUUCAUAUAUCGAAUUUGUCCGACUGAGAUGCUCCAAGGGAUGCAGUUUAGCGGGAUGCGAUAUCAGUUUUUAUCCGAACUAACAGAUUUGUAAGCUUCGUACUUCUAUUCAUUUUUCAGAUUUGCCGAUUUCCGAUCCUUCUUGUCGUUAAUGCCAUGGCCUAAACCACAUCAUUAUUGCAGCGGUCACUGUGAUCUAACGUUCUCUCUUGAAUGCAACAAUUUUCAUUCAAAUCGGUUGACCGAUUUUCUCAUAAAAUCAUUUAUGCCUUUUACAUGUAUUUGAGCAGCCGGCAUCGAAGAAAAGUCCGAGCUAAAGCUUCCUCUUAUUGAAUCACACCGGCUCUUAGAAAACACAAAAAAAAAUAACGCUGACUCUGUGGAAGCCCGCGGCUGCAGUGCUGCACAAACACCCGCCGUGGUUGCUCAGUGGCUAUGGUGUUAGGCUGCUGAGCACGAGGUCGCGGGAUCGAAUCCCGGCCACGGCGGCCGCAUUUCGAUGGGGGCGAAAUGCGAAAACACCCGUGUACUUAGAUUUAGGUGCACGUUUAAGAACCCCAGGUGGUCGAAAUUUCCGGAGUCCUCCACUACGGCGUACCUCAUAAUCAGAAAGUGGUUUUGGCACGUGGCCCCAUAAAAAAAAAAGUGCUGCACAAAUAAUAAGAAAAAAACAAUAAAGAAAGGAAACCCAACGGAACCUUUGCGGGAGCCGUUAUCUCGGCCAGACAUCUCACGCGGAAUGCUGAAGAGCUGUCUGGCGAGGUGUCGAGCAAAAUCGUCAAUUGACCUUUUUCACGAUGGGAGAGCGCCUCUAGCAGCGAGAGCCGAAAGCAAAUACGGUGGCUCUCGGUUGACGCGGCGGCGUGACAGUCUUUGUUGCUUUGCGUUGUGCUGUAACUGUAGUGUUGGAGAAUUGUGAAGUUGCUGCUGUUUAAAGUUUUACAUAUACGCAAUACGCUUGCAUCGUCACCGCUGAUUUUCGCUACCACCUGUCGACUCUUGCGAAGCUUUCUUCGACAUGUUUUCUAUUGAAGACUUCAAGAAACUUCACGACUCCGGCGGUCAGUGGAGCUGCGAUUUGGAGUUGGUGCCACCAGUGACUGACAACAUGAUCGACAGCCAUUUCGGCGAGUCGCACCGGCAGCUGCAUAAAGGCUGGAUGUUCAAAGAGGAAAGGUACAUUCGCCGGAUCGAGUAUCUGAUGUGCGGACAACCAGCAGGGACCGAACUUGUGUUGCGCAGCAUAUGUUUGUGCUCGAUGAAAGCUGGCCACUACAAGCAAGUCGUAGCGCUUGGUAAAGGCGGAGCAGGGACCGUCGUCCAAGCAUACUGCGAUUGCGUUGCUGGUCAAAGCCAAAGGUGCCAGCAUAUAGCUGCAUUGCUGUUUGCCAUCCGAAGUAUCCAGAGGCCGUCUUGUACGAGUGUCCCGUGCAGAUGGAUGGCACCAACACAAGGACAAAACCAUUUGCUGACCAAACCCUUGGCGGACAUCACCUUUAAGAAACAUGUGAUUAACAAGACGGUGCCCGUUAAGGCUAAGCGACAACUUCCUCCUCAUUUGAGAACACCUGCGCAGUCUGGGCUGUUGAAGUUUAGGAGUGCGAUUGCCACACAUGCACCUGAGCUGGUGUGGAACCGUUACACAGAGAGGCCAGCACCAGUGAGAAAUGUGAGCCCCAUCAACGACACAGAGGACAUGAAUUCGCAGAAGUGCCUCACAUUGAUCGAUGAAUAUUUCAAGGAGCAGGUGUCGCUCACAGCUACCGAGAGGGCGGAUAUCUGUGCAAAGACCGUAGGCCAGAAUAAGAACCCUGCAUGGUUCACAGAAAGAACCGGAAAGCUAACUGCUUCAAAGUUCCGCAGAAUACUGCACUGCCUGAAGCCAGAAGGGCUUGUUAAAGAAAUACUUUAUCCUCGCAAAGAAAUAAUGAAGAAUGGUGACCCCAGGCUCUACGGAAUACAAAAUGAAGCAAAAGCAGUUGAAAAUAUCUAG